AUGAAUUAUAAGUUACAACGAGGAGCUGGGGCAACAACAACGCUGCGGGCAGGUGCAACUGGAACGCCACUGGAACUCCCCCGUCACUCUUCAUCUGACACUUCUGCGGCGGGAGAAUAUCUCAGCGCUGGGGAACUAGGGGUCAUUUAAUCCUCCUUCCCCACCUUUCUUCGUUUCCUCCUUCUCCUGCUCAUUCUCUGAAGGUGGUCCAAACUUGGAAGGCCGCUCCCUGACCCAAACCCACCUGGCUUUUCGUUCUCAUGUAUCCAUCCAGUAUUUCUUGUUCUCCCUCAUAACGUCAAACUCGCCUGUGCUUUUUGCGGCUUCUGGUACUUCAGCACCAGCUGUCAACAAAAUUAAACUUGCUUCUCGUCGCCGUCUUCCUGUCCGUUUUGCGGCUACGUGCGUUAUCCAUUAUCCCAGCACAGUCCCGCUCGCCCACCUCCACUCCAAUCUACCUAACCCCCGUGCUUGUCACUGACGAGCUUCCUUGUCUACCUACCUUUACUCUGAGUCUGACCCUGACCGCUGCUCCGACACGAUUUUCGAAUACAUGACCUCUCCAUCCGGUCGCUGAGAAGGCCUUUUCCUGUGCCCAAGAUCAAUCUUUGUUUGAUCUCUGUUUGGGUGCCCUCCCACAUUGUCGAAACCAGACCGCCCAGAACCCCUGUGAGCGCUCCUGAGUUGGUUACCUCCCGUCCACCGCUCGCUAUUAGAUCUGGGAGCCAGCAAGCGUACGACCCGCCAUAUAACCUACUUAUAUAUCGAUUUCAGACGGUCUUAUUCUUUCUAGUCACCAUCAGAUAAUUCUUACUGCGCUUCGCAGUUCAAGUAAUUCAAGAUGGCUCAAAACAGUAUGUACUCGUCCGGCCAGUUCAUGAAUCCGGGCCCUGCGCCUCGGCCUCCCACCGAUCGACCGCGUUUGAACCUAACGCCCAAUGCCAACCUUCCAGGAAGCAUGGCCAACAUGGCUAUUUCCCCCAUCCGAAGUACUGCAACCUCGACGUACACCGGCUCAACCAUCUCGCUUCCGAUCGCCCGCCAACAGUCCAACAAUACCGAUGGUCUGGGUGGAGUCGCUGUCAAGAAGGAGGGUUGGGCGUCAGUCAAGGAGAGCAAGAAUUUUAUUCAACCCUGGAAGCAGAAGUACCUAAUUCUCCGCAAAGAGUCGCUCGAUUUUCACAAGACCGAGGGUGGUAAGGUUUCGUACACGCUUUACCUGAGGGAUGUAGUCAACGUCGGACGAGUCGAAGCCGCCGGUACCAUCUUCGAGAUCAAGCGCAAACCAGAUGGUUCGUCUAACAGCCCCGGCGACGACGACGGUCAAACCAAAACCCUACAAAUCAAGGUAAAGAGUGACGAUGACUUAUAUGAGUGGAUCGACUUUAUCUACGGCGCUUGCCCAGGCAUGGGCGGAGUCAGCAACCCUACUAACUUUUCUCACGCCGUGCAUGUUGGUUUUGAUCCAAAGACUGGUGAAUUCGUCGGUUUGCCACCAGAGUGGUCGAAGCUCCUUAACUCAUCAGCCAUCACUAAAGAAGAUUAUGAGCGCAACCCUCAAGCAGUCUUUGAGGUUUUGGACUUUUACACCGAUCUCGCCAAAAGGGCUGAGAAUCCCAAUCAAUAUCCCAGCUUGACACCAACUCCUCCUGCCCAGAGCCAGGCCAACAAACAGCUGGGAUAUGGCAGUGGUGCAUCUGUGGCACCUCCUCGACCUGCGCCGCCAGCCGCUUCUCAGCGCCCAGGUUACAACCCUUCUCCUGUCCAACCCAAUCCCAAUGCUCCCCGUCGCCCUGCCCGCCCUGAUGAGCGCCCUGCUCAGCAGGAUCAGCAGCAACAGUACCAGCAGCGCCAGCAGAUGCAACAGAUGUCCCCUAAUUACGUCUCUCAGGAUGCCCUGAGAGAGGAGCAGCGUAAGAAGCAGCUGGAGGCUCAGAGACAGCGGGAGCGCGAAAUUGAGGAGCAGAACAGACGCGACCUUGAAGCCUACAACGCUUCUCUUCCCAAAACCAAGGUUCCGCUUGCCCAGCAGGAAAUUGGUGGUGGUUAUAGCUCAUCACCUUCUCCCCAGCCCAACCGCUACAAUCCAACCCGAGCAGCCCCACCUGCGCCAAAGGCCUCGCAACAGCAGAGCAACCUCCAGGCGCAGCGGCCUGCUCCUUCACCUCCUACCACUUCUCAGCGACCGCCUCUAGCCUCUCAGCCUAGCUCCAGUACUCUAAGGGAUCCUUCUCAGGCGCAGCGAACUCCUCGCGCCGACAACGCCGCACCUCGUUAUGCCAAUGGAAAUCAGGCUUCGCAGCCUCGACAGCCGCAGCAACAGACUCAAGCAUCGCGCUUACCAGCUCCCGUCAAGCCUCUGAAUGUUGCACCCAAGCCCAGUCAAUCCCAGCAGCAGGCUGAUGGCGUUAAGGCUGCCGAAGCUGCUUUAACUGCCAAGCCAUCGCCUUCGGAGCGUAAACAGGAUGUCAGAAUGUCUACUAUGUCCGAGAAUGAGGUUAUGGCCAAGCUUAAGGAAGCCGUUUCGAAGGACGACCCGAACAUCUCCUAUUCCAAGCAGAAGAAGAUCGGACAGGGUGCAUCAGGGUCUGUCUACGUUGCUAAGAUUAAGGAGACAGCUGUGGGCAUUGCCCGCGAUAUUCUGCGUGCCCAGGGCCCUCGGGCCCAGGUUGCCAUCAAACAAAUGGACCUCGCUCACCAACCUAGGAAGGAGCUCAUCGUGAACGAAAUCAUGGUUAUGAAAGACAGCCGGCACCGCAACAUUGUUAACUUCUUGGAUGCUUUCCUGCGCAAUAACAACGCAGAGCUCUGGGUUGUUAUGGAAUUCAUGGAGGGAGGUGCUCUCACUGACGUGAUUGACAACAAUCCAUCCAUCUCCGAGGAGCAAAUCUCGACUAUUUGCCACGAGACUUGCCGCGGAUUGCAGCACUUGCAUUCGCAGAAUAUUAUUCACCGUGAUAUCAAGAGUGACAAUGUUCUACUCGACGCUCGUGGAAACGUGAAAAUCACCGAUUUUGGUUUCUGCGCCAAGCUUACGGAGACAAAGUCAAAGCGAGCCACCAUGGUGGGAACCCCCUAUUGGAUGGCCCCCGAGGUUGUCAAGCAGAAGGAAUACGGUCCCAAGGUCGAUAUCUGGUCUUUGGGUAUUAUGGCGAUUGAGAUGAUAGAGUCCGAGCCGCCAUAUCUUAACGAGGAACCUCUCAAGGCUCUCUACCUAAUCGCAACAAAUGGAACUCCUCGGCUCAAGAAGCCUGAGAAACUGAGCAAAGAACUGAAGGCAUUCUUGUCUGUCUGCCUGUGCGUGGACGUUAAGAGCCGUGCCUCUGCUGAUGAGCUCCUGGCUCAUGACUUUUUGCGUCACGGUUGCCCAUUGGCUAGCUUGGCAGAUCUUCUUGCUUUCAAGAAGCACGCCAAAUAAGAGGGCGCACACGAGAGAUAUGUGAGGAGUGGGCGCUCAUGUUGCAGCCCGACAUUUUGAAUGAGGUACCGAAGCAAGGCGAUGCAUAUAUUCCCCCACAGAUGGUGUUUUUCUCUCUUGGCGUUUACGGGCGAAAGUUCUUUGGCACCUCGCACUUGGCAAAGACGUUGCCUAUGUGCGGAUGUCUCUACACCUACUUGGCGGCAUUUAGCCACAUUGUCCAAGAAGUCUCCCUACGCGGUAUCGAUGAUGAUGACAUGCGAUGAAAGCUCGGACAAAUACCCAAUGUACUAGGAGUCGGGUGACAUGAGGGACUGGAUGAAAACUUUUUAAAGAAAAGACUGAACAUGGGAAGACCGUCUGCCCUGGCCAUGACACGACAGUGACAUUUUGAGCGCAAUUGGGAACUAUCAGGCGCAGAAGAGUCACUUUGAAAGAGCAUAAUCAAAGGGCAACGUAUAUAGAGAAAAUAUGAAAUCGGGUGACAGCAAUACAUAUCCUGGAUGUCUGUGAACGAGUUUUCAUCUGUUGUAGUUGUUGAAUCUGUUCUGUGUACAGAAAUCUGAAUCUUUCCCGGGAGUGGAUGAUCUUUACAACAUAUGGAUGUUUAUAGCACAUCCAGGCCAACUGCUC